CAAGUUCUUGCUUGAAGCAGGGGACCAGGCCGAAGCCAUUGUUAUGGGAACUCAGGACGGUGAGUCGCGAAUUCGAGGCAUUUGGCUUAACCCUUUGCCUGUGGCUUCUGCCUUGCCGCCAAAACAGCCCUCGCCACCCUUCCGACCGCCCAAAGCUUCCGGAACUCGACUGGAGAACCAGAGUCUUGAGCGAUUUGGCUCCACAGUUUGCACAGCUAGUGCGGCAUUUGCGGUUGGCAGGCCAUGGCUAUGGCCAUGUUAGCGUCGAAGCAUGUGCAGCUGAAGUACCGCAACAGCUUCAUUGAUGUGGAGGAGUCAGACCAAGAGGAAGAACCUUCGGAUCGCAAGGGACGUGCCAGCAGUGCCCCACCCCUAGCACCACGUGCCAGCACUAUGACCACUGCUAUGCAUGAGGAGGCCAACAUGCACCGGUAUGUGUGCCACCUCAGUUCUGCCAUCAACAAACUCCAGAGCUGUGGAUACGGAGAAAACUCCACGGCAAGCACAGCUGACGAAGAUGGAGCCUCACCUGUCUCCUCUGCGUCCGCUGAUUCUGUGGCCCGUGUCGGUCCUGGUCCGGAGCCGGCGGCUCAAGACGAGUCUUACCUCGCCCCCAGCCGCGGAAGUCUUGGUCAUCCAGAAUUAUGCCGUCGCCCAUGCAUCUACGUGGCGGUCGGCCAUUGUGAGAACGGCAGCGCUUGCAGCUUCUGCCACAUGCCUCACGAGGAGAAGGCGCCAAAGCUGGACAAGAGGCAGAGGGGCAUUUUGCAGAACUUGAGCCGCCGGGAAUUGCUGGCGCUCGUGCUUCAGUCUUGCCAGCCCAAAGCCCGGCUCCUUGGCCCCGCGGUGCACGAAAUCUUGAGCCUCCUCGAGGCUGAGGCUGCGAACGGGCCUCUUCCGGCCUGGAUCAAUGAGCGUGACGCCCGCAACCUUCAAAAGACGCUGCGGCGCAUGAACUUCUCCAACUUGAUCGGCCUUGUGACGCACCAGGCGCCCUCCCGUGGCCUGGCACUCGAAAGCGCCCAGCUGAUUGCAGAUGCUCUGGAGAAGCUUCGGCAUUUUUCUGAGCAUACGUUCAGCUCUUCGCUCAGCACUGGAGUAGGGCAUUUCCCGGGUUGCUUCCCGGGGCAUGUGCCCCCAAAUUGGCUCAACUUGAGCAAUCCAGUGACAUGGUCUUUCUACAGUUUUGGUGUGUCAUUGAUACCAAUUUUUGGCAAGGGCGGCAAAGCGCUUGAAGCGGAAAAACCGUUUGUGAUCAUUUGUGGUGAUCAUUGCCGACAGCAACGCAGCAGCUGGUUAUAGAUCUGCUUGCGGAGCGUCGUUGUCUUUCUUUGCUUGGUCCGAAGACACUGACAUUUUGCGGGUCAACGGAGAUCCUUGACUCAACCUGGUUUGCAGGGCUCAAAGGCCAGCGCAACCAUGCUCUCUUGCUGCCAUAGGGCAGCCCAUGAAGGCUGAAAUAUCCUGAGCCACUUGAGCGGGAUCUUUCCUGCAAUGCUGUAACUGUCUCUGGCUCCGACACUCCAC